AUGGCGCAAGAAGGUGCAUCAGCCCUUGCCAGUACAAGUGGGGCAACGGCAGUCUGCCUCGAGCAAGAGGAUAUCACAUUUCCAGUCUCCAUCCUCACACGACUCGUGCCUGCGGGUAGCACUGCACGAACCAGUCCGACAGAGCUCGCUUCCUUUCCUCAGCGGAAGCAAGACACAUGUCAGGUCAAGCGAGGCACGCCCCUGUUCACGUAUGAAUAUACAAAGCGAGUCAAGCAAGAUGCGAGCAAUUCGGCCGCCAAAGGCAAAAUGCGAGAGGUUGAGUAUGUAGACCAGCGUCUGGUAGCCACGUACGAGUCAAGACUGGAGGGACAGCUCAUCCAGUGGAAGUGCAAAGAGGGUCAAAGGAUAGCAGGUCCACAAAUCGAGCUCCUGAGCAUAGCAGAGCCCUGCACUCACUACGUGCAGCUGCACGGUCUUUGUGCGAUAUGCGGAAAAGAUCUCACAAUACCUGACUUUACGGGCGUAUCCGACACUGCGCGCGCAAACAUACGCAUGGUCCACGACCGUGUCGGUCUGACGGUAUCCGAACAAGAAGCUGCUCGACUCGAGGACGCAAGCACAACGCGUCUCAGGAAAGCCAAGAAGCUCUCCCUCAUUGUUGACUUGGAUCAAACGAUCAUCCAGGCCACCGUCGACCCGACAGUAGGCGACUGGAUGCGCGACGGAACGAAUCCGAAUCACUCUGCACUGAAGGAUGUGUGCGUCUUCAAGCUGGGUACACAGGAAGACAAGGAAGUAGUCGCAGACGUGGAUGGCUGCUGGUAUUACCUGAAGCUACGGCCAGGAUUGCAAGCCUUCCUCCGCAAGAUGGCAGACCUGUACGAGAUGCACGUCUACACGAUGGGCACACGAAGCUACGCCAUGGCAGUUUGCAGAAUCAUCGACCCAGAUGGCACAUACUUCUCCACCCGUAUCCUCAGCCGCGACGAAUCUGGCAGCCUGACGCGGAAAUCUCUCGAGCGUCUCUUUCCUUGUGACACAAGCAUGGCUGUCAUCAUCGACGAUCGAUCUGAUGUCUGGCAUUGGUCUCCAAACCUCGUCAAAGUCGAGCCGUUCGAAUUCUUCGUUGGCGUCGGCGAUAUCAACGGCGCCUUCUUACCGCCGACAGAUACAAGCGACGCAGCACCUCUGCCCACGGCAAUAGCGCCGCAGAAUCUGCAGCAAGCUGCAAACGGCGCAAGUGAGAUCACCGCCGAAGAGCAAGAUGCGCUCGAACGAAGAGAUCUGGAAGCAAAGGCGCAGAAAACAGCGAGCGCGCUCAAAGAGCAAGUAGCGGAUCGUCCCUUGGCCAAGAAGCAGCUUGCACUAGAUGCAGACAUUGCAAAAGGGACAUCGGAGCACAGUGACUCAGCAGCUUCGUCCGAAGCGAGCGCCUCGCCCGAGAUCCAAAACGCUGCCGUUCUGAAAGAUACCGAUGCGGAGCUGUACCGAAUUGAACAGCUGCUCCUCAAAGUUCACACAGACUUCUAUGCCGAGCAGAGCUCGCAAGAUGUCAAGCUCAUUAUACCCAACAUCAAAGAAAGCGUCUUGCGAGGCUGCAAGAUUGCUUUCUCAAGCAUGAUACCCCUAGGCACAAACCCAGAAGCAGCAGAUAUCUGGAAGCUCGCAAAGAUGUUUGGCGCUUACUGCUCGAGCGAUGUGAAUAGCAAGACAACCCAUCUCGUUGCUCGCAACCCUGGUACCGUCAAAGUCCAGCAAGCACAGAAACGGCAAGAUCUACACGUUGUCUGGUCGAAUUGGCUCGUACGAUCUGCCGCUCUUUGGCAGCGGCAGCCCGAACGCGAGUAUCUCAUGCCCAGAGGCAGCGACGCACUGCAAAAGGCGGCUGAGAUCUUCGUAUCGUCCGUGUCGACUGACAGCGAAGACGAAGACGAGCCUUCAGAGCUUCUGGUGGACUCUCUGGAUAGGAAGGCCUGGGACGAUGCAGAUGAUGAGGUAGACGCCUUCCUCAACGAAACUGACGACGACGAUGACGGAUCGAUCGACGGCAGCACCCGCAAGCGUCCAAGGUCGUCGGCGAGCUCAUCUUCGAGUGUUCGUGAAGCGACCGAAUCCCCAUUGGUCAAACGACAGCGUCAAGCAAAAGAGCGUUUGGGCAAAUCCCAGCUCAAAUCUGUCACAUUCGGCGAGCAAACAACAUUUGCUCCGGAGGACAGAUCGUCAGAAAUGGCCUCAAAGGCUCAAUCGCUGGCCAGCACUGACGACGAUGACGACUUCUUAGAUAGCUUAGCAGCUGAUCUGGAAGCCGAAUUUGUCACAUGA